UCUCUGCUGAGCUACACAUCACAGGUUCCGCUCAGUGAGGUUAGCCAUGUCCGAUUCCGAAGCAUUCUCCGGCGCCAACAGUGGUAAUUCUCCUGCGGAGAAUGUGAGUGCUGUGCGAAAAGCAUUUUCAAAAGUCGAUUUGGCUGGGCAUAAUCUUCCUCCGUCUCCUGCACCAUCAAGCCCACGGACGGGAAGGCGGUACGCGCUUGCGACGGAGCUGGUUUACACAGAGGGAAAUGAUCAGUACAAAGCAAGCAGCGUGCCGAUAUAUCAGAGCGCGACCUUUAAGCAGAACUCUGGUGGUGGCGGCGGUGAAUAUGACUACACGCGGUCGGGGAACCCUACCAGAACGCACCUCGAGCGGCACUUGGCGAAGAUCAUGUCUGCUCAGCGAGCGCUUGUGGUUUCGUCAGGGAUGGCAGCAUUGGAUGUUAUCACCCGCUUACUCAAGCCUGGAGACGAGGUCAUCACAGGAGACGACUUAUAUGGAGGCACACACCGUCUAUUGAAGUAUUUGUCGACGCACGGCGGAAUCAUAGUGCAUCACGUUGAUACGACGACACCGGAAAAAGUGGGAGAAGUACUUGGACCAAAUACAGCUAUGGUUUUACUCGAAACACCGACGAACCCUCUCAUUAAGAUUGUUGAUAUUGCCCGAAUUGCUACCAUGACACACGAAGCGAACCCUAACGCCUUGGUUGCGGUUGAUAAUACCAUGCUUUCUCCUUUACUCCUCAAUCCGCUAGAUCUUGGAGCCGAUAUCGUUUACGAGAGUGGUACAAAGUACCUUUCAGGACACCACGACUUGAUGGCUGGUGUGAUCGCUGUAAACAACUUAUCACUCGGAGAGAAACUCUACUUCCCUAUCAACGCAUCCGGAUGUGGGUUAUCGCCAUUUGAUUCUUGGUUGCUACUUCGCGGAGUGAAAACCCUGAAGGUUCGGAUGGAACAGCAACAGUCCAACGCCCAACAGAUCGCAGAAUUCCUAGAGUCACAUGGCUUCCGCGUGAGAUACCCUGGUCUCAAGUCACAUCCACAAUAUGAUUUACACAGAUCCAUGGCCCGAGGGGCUGGCGCUGUUCUCUCAUUUGAGACAGGAGACGUCGCGAUGAGCGAACGGAUUGUGGAAAGCGCCAAACUGUGGGCAAUCAGUGUCAGCUUUGGAUGUGUGAACAGCUUAAUCAGUAUGCCAUGCCGCAUGAGCCAUGCAAGUAUAGAUGCAAAAACAAGACAGGAGAGGGCAAUGCCUGAGGACCUGAUUCGAUUGUGUGUGGGUAUUGAGGAUGUGGAUGACUUGAUUGAUGACCUUAGAAGAGCACUUGUUCAAGCAGGUGCUGUUAGCGUUACCGUUGAUGGUUUUCAGUCUGUAAACCAGCCUGAAGCCGCAGCUUCUGAGGCCCAAAAUACAAUUGGCACAGCAUGAUAAUUUUGUUGUCUAAUUAUUGUUUCCAUGCUGUUGGCUUUAUAACCGGCUCGGAUCUAUGAUGAUGUGAUACUUUUGGUGUCUUUGAUUCUACAGGCGACAAGGCGUUUAUGAGUGUGUUGGCCAUUUUUUCAAAAAGAGAAUCAACUUCUGCUUCAAAAUCUCAAUACCU